AUGUCUUCAUCAGAAGCCCCCACUGUUUCUGCAACUCCCAUGGCUUCAUCAGAAACCCCCACUGUUUUUGCAACGCCAAUGGCUUCAUCAGAAAUUCCUGAAGUUGAUUCUCACAAUCAAAACUAUCCUGAAAAUCCUAUUUCUGGAUCUGCAACCCACAAUUUUGCUAAUUCAAUGGAAACACAUACACCUGUUCUUGAUUCUGAAAAACAACACCAUGCUGAAAAACCACUUGCUGGAAAUCAAAUACCUCCUAAUGGAUCCAAGAUUCAGGCUACUAUACCUGCGAGGAUAAUGAAAGAUUUCCAGAAGUAUUUCCUUCAAGAGGGCUGUGCCAGGAAGAUAUCACGUUUUGAUCAUUGCCUGAAUAUAAGCGGGGGAUAUCGGUGCUCAAAACACGAAUACAAAAUUGUAUUCCGACCUGAUACAAUUGUUCAAUCUGUUGGUUACCAUGACAUCUCUAAUCAUGUAUUUGAAUUUACCCCUUUUGCAGAAAUUACCAAUUUUGUUGCAAAUUUUGACUUCUGUUUUGAUUUGUUGGGACACAUAAUUGGUUACAGUGAUCCAAUUAUUGAUAAUGGUAAGAAGAGGAUUUCGGUCGAAUUGGAAGAUGAAAGGGCCGAUAGGUUAGAGGUCACAUUAUGGGAUGAGCACGCAGACAAGGUGUAUACCAUGAUGACUAAUAAUCCUGAUUACCCUAUUGUCCUUAUUGUUCAGUAUGUCAAAUGCAAAAAAUACUACUAUAUAUACGAAUACAAAUUCAGGGUUGAUCAGGCAGAUAUUAGAUCUGCAAGCAUCCAUAAGAUAUCCAUGCUAUCUUCUAUUUCAGGAUACACAAAUUUCGAUGAAUUUGUGCGUGAUGCUGAGAUGUUGACACUGGCUGGAAUUGAUGAUUUGGAACAGCCAUCAGGUGUUGUUGUUUUUGCAAAGAUAUCUGGAUUGGCAAAAGAGUAUGACUGGUCAUACAUAGGCUGUAGCAACUGUAACAGUAAGGUUGUUGAGAUUGAAUCAUCUGCAAAGGAAAACCUCACAGGUGGUAAACAACGGUCGGCCUUUGGCAAAGGUAGAAAAGUAGAUAAUGAAAAGCCAGUUAGACUAGCAAAGAGAUGGAUGUGCAAAAACCAUGGACCUGUUUCUGCCGUCGCUGCAAAGUAA